AUGUCGUCAGUCCUACAACCCCCCGCUCCCAUUGCGCCCUCAAUCGCCGCCGGCGCUGCCGCAGAACAGCAAUUGCAAGUGCAAUUGCUGAGCCCCAAUGCCAAAGCCCCGACAAAGGGUAGUGCCUUUGCCGCCGGCCACGAUCUUUAUAGUGCGGUGGAUGUGGUGAUUCCCGCGAGGGGGCGCAAGUUGGUUGGGACGGAUAUUAAGAUCUCGGUGCCUGUGGGGACGUAUGGCAGAGUAGCACCGCGCUCGGGACUCGCAUAUAAACACGGCAUUGACACCAUGGCGGGCGUCAUCGAUGCGGAUUAUCGGGGCCCCGUGGGUGUGAUACUGGCGAAUCUUUCGGAUGAGGAUUUCGAGAUUAAAAUUGGGGACCGCAUUGCGCAGCUUGUGGUUGAGAAGAUUGCCAUGCCCAAUGUGGUUGUUGUCGAGGAGUUGGAACAGAGUGUUAGGGGCGCUGGUGGGUUUGGAAGUACCGGCGGGUUUGGUGCUACUCCUGCUGCUGCUGAGCCAGCGGCGGCGGCGGAGACUGAAGAGAAGGAGUAA